CGAGGGAAAUGGCCGUGAAAGCAGGCGAGAUGAUGGUGUGACGUCGAAAGAUGUGGUUGCCUUAGAGUGUUUUGUUGUUGUCUGAGGCAUCAAUAACUUGCUCGCGAUGUCGCGUUGAGAUGAUUUCCUGAGAUAUUUCUUGAGAUGAUUUCCAUGCUCUAUCUCAUCAGAUUUACUACGUACUCUCCACCCUCCCAUAAUCCCUAUAGGACGUCAAGUUCUCCACAAUGUCUCUCGAAGUCCAUGUAUGGGGUUCAGCAUUCGACCUGCCCUCCAUUGAUCCGGAAUGCCUCGCGACCGUUUGCCUGCUCAACUCCUUCAUGAGAAGCGAAGUCCAGUGGAAGUUAAUCCCCAACUUCGACCUCUCAUUCAGUCCGAACCGUACGUUUCCGGUUUUGGUGGACGGAGACCAGAAGAUAGCUGGAUAUGACCGUGUCCUCCGUCACCUAAGGAAUCGUGAUAUGCUUUUGGAGCCUGCGGGCCCAGCGCCGGAGCUCGAUCCAUCGGUGGUUUCUGCGUUCCUUCGGUCCCAAGGCCAGCAACUCCUUGACCUCUCCCUAUACGUCUCGUCCGAGAACUACUACGAGUCGACCCGAUCCGCGUAUACGAAACUGCUUCCUCUGCACAUCAAUUACUUCUUACCCCUAAGCCUCCGGGCCAGCGCCAAAGCUAGAACACAACACCUCGGUCUCUCAUCGCUGGACCUGGAUGCCGAAGAGCCCAGCGAUUCACGGAAACCUGCCACAAACACAGCAAUCCCUCCUCCGACCCAAACAGCUGCUCAGGCUGGCAAGGUGCAGAAGAGCAUCACAUCAUUCUUACGAAAGUCCCCGCAUGUCGAUCACAUCCGACUCGAUUCUCUCGCAACGUCAUUCUUCGACGUCCUCGAGGAACUGCUCGCCAAAGAUUAUUUUGGAAUGACCAACGAAGGGACAAGACCAGUGGACUGUCUCCUAUUUGGAUACUUGGCCCUGAUGUUGUAUCCGGACGUACCGCACAAGUGGCUUGGGGACGCCAUACGUAGGCGUUAUCCAAGAAUAAAAGAACACGUCGAACACCUACGGCGGUACUUCCUUAGCGAUCUACCGACACCGCCAUGGUCACCGGCCCCAAGCAGAGGCCUUACUGCUCCAUUGUAUGACCUGGGACAUAUUGUCAAGAGCUCAAUUCAAAUCUCGAAGCCAUCCUCUCAAGCCUGGGUUGGGAUGGCUUUGUUGGUUGGCUGUUUGGCAUUUCGGUCUGGGGCCGGCCGAUCGCCAGCUGUAAAUUAUAUCUUCCCUGCGCGUUGAGGCGAUGGCUAUUCCCUACCGCACUAAAACCAACGCCUCCAUACGGUGGCUCUUUUCGGG